AUGCAAUUAAAGCGAAAACGAAUUGGGCGGAUAAGCUAAGCUAAAUCUUUAGUAUUAGCUCUACUCCUCUCAAUCAUAAACAUCACAAAUGCAAACGAUGCUGGUAUUACACCUCUGAUCUCAGGAGUAGAUCUGUUUAGAAGAGGUGAUUACCUUGGAAUCACAGCAGCAUCUCUAGCAGGAGGUACAGAAAUUAUGUUUAAUGGCCAGGGCAUGUCGAUGACUGCUGAAAACAUUCAAGUAUUAUUCUAGAAAGACAAUGUCUUUGAAAAAUUAGGGCAAGCUGUUUCAAAGGACAACUCAUUCAAUUCAAACACUCACAAUGGAAAGCUCUAAUAUACUACACCCUCUCUAAUGACACUGACUGGAAAAUCUUACGAUAACCUAGACGAUGUAGAUUGGGUGACGUUUGACCUAUCAUUAAUUGAUAGCAAUCCAACAACUGGGAGAGUAAAUUCACUAUCUUGCUCUGAAAAUCCAGCCUAAAAUUGCCGUAUUACAAUGAGCAGAUCCUAUACUCCUGUACUAUAUUACAUGCAACCAAGAGUUGUAUAUCAUGGUUCAGAGACAUCUUUCUACGUUGACCCAAAGGCUGCUCAGACCUAUAGACUUGCCACUGACCUACCUUUUGAAGAAGGAAGAAUCGAUGGAAAGACUCUCAACUUUGAGGAGUUUAUUACAGAAGAUACAGUUUUGUCUGCUUGGGCCAAGAACUCAAUCAGAGCCAACGUAUAUGAAGUGAAACCUAACCCUAGUGCCUCAGUUAAUCUUAAGUGGAGGGUUGGUAACAGUUUGUAAAAGGACAGCCAAAUGAUCUAAUGCGACAUCGCAAAUACAAAUUGUUAUAAGGUUAAAGUUGUUCCUGUCAUUAACUAGUUAAGCGCCUAAUCAGGCUACACAUCAGGUGGCCAAAUUUUGUAAAUCGAUGGAUAUGGUUUUGAAAGUAAUAACAUUAAUGUUAAAGUUGAUGGUGUUGAUUGCAAAGUAGUUACUCACUCGUUGAAAAGCCUUACUUGUAAAACUGGUGCUUAACCUUCACCGUCACCAGAUAGCUUCUUUGUUGGAUCUAAUGGUCUUAAGAGAAGCUUUUAUAACAUUACUGAUUAUAGUAUUGGAUAAUCAUGGAAUCGUCUUGUAGAUCUUAAUCUUUAAGAGACUACAGUUGCUCUAUCAUUUGAGACUCCUCGUAACUAGAGAGAUGGCUAUUCAGGUAAUAUCUUCAAGGGUUACUUCAAGCCACCAGUUACAGGUAGAUACAGAUUCUACAUGGCUUGUGACGAUUCUUGCUAACUUUUAAUGAAUGUUGAUGGAGCGAACACUAAAGAUCCAGCUGGAGCUAUUUAGCUUAUUUCAGCAGGAUAUGCUGCUUACAGAAGCUAUCUAAACCCUGGUGAUGACAAAAGAGUAACUAAUUGGCUUACUCUUUCCUCUGAUACCUACUACUAUAUUGAAGGUCGCCAUCUCUAAUACUCAGGAGGAGAUGAAAUGGUUGUCUCAGUUGAAAUAGAUACCCAAGUGCCAGGACAUUAAAACUCUAUGAAAGAAAUUCAAAGACUGAGAAUAAAUCCAGAAAAUAUCAGAGAACAACACAAGCUCAUUGUUAGAAAUCCUGAUACUGGUUCUUAUAAAAUAGGAUUAGUAGUUCCAGGUUCAACUACUCCUUACGUUGCAUAGAUUAUCACUAGAGCUUCAGCAGAUCAAGUAAGAAAUGCUCUAAACUCUUACUGGUAAUAAAAUUUUGGCAGUACAAUUUCAGUUACUCUCGUCAUGCAGGAUGCUGAUGGCAACGAGGUUUAAAAUGUCCUUAAUUCUGUUAUUAACACUUACACUAUCACUGUUAACAAAGCAUAAGCCACUGAUAGUCUUACAUAAUAACCAUCAUUUUAACGUGAAGGAACUGCUGCAAGUGUUUCCUUCUAAAAAGUGACUUAAAAGUCCUCUUAACAGCUCUCUGGCAACUUCGUCAUCAAAUGCUCACAUCUAAAUGAUACAUUUGGUGCUACUGUUGAUAUCCCAGUCUCUUACUUACCAUAUCAGAUUUAAGCAGCUAUUGAGUAAGCUUGUCCAGUAUACAAAGACAAGAUUAACGUCUGGGAUGGUACAGCCUAUAGCUACUACGUUGAUGGAAGAGAUAUCAUGAUCAGAUUCACUGACAUUAACAGAGACAUUCCCCAAUUUACUAUUGAAAGCUCACAAUCAAGUGUGAUUGUAGGUAAUAAUGUUAACUUCACAUUUGAGACCACUAAGUAGCAUGGCGAGUCUCUUUUCUACGAGCCUGUUCCAUUUGAAUUUAUCUAUACUCAAGAAGCUAAGCCAUAAGUACUCGUCUCAGUUGAUAACCUUCCAGCUGUUUGCUCAUCUCUUGACUGUGGAUAUACUUACGUAGCUCCAACUGGUGAGAUUACUCAAUUCACUCUUGAUGGAUUGCAAUUAACUAUAGAUGGCACAAAUCUCCCAGCUUCGGCAAGCAUCAAAACAAUUCAAUUCUCUAAUGUUAAUUGCGCAGUUCAAUCAGUCUCAAGCACUCAGGUAGUAUGUACCCUACCCUCUAAAGUAGCAGGUACAUGGGGACCACUCCUUACAGAUAAUAUGGGUCUUAUCCCAGUUUCUACUGCUAGAAGAAACAGAUUCCUUGCAGCAGCCUCAGUCACAGUACCACUCGUUGUUUCAAGUGCUACUCCUAGCACUGGUGUCAAUCCUAAUGGAGGCAGUAAGCUUACAAUCGGAGGUCAAAAUUUCCCAACUUCAUUGAAGGAUGGCAGCACUAUCUCAAUAACUUUCACUGACACUUAAUCUUGCACACUUCACAGCUCAACAGCAACUUCAAUUACUUGCAUUUUACCUAAAUUUGCUGCAGCAGGCAUUCAAGCUGUCUCUGUAACUGUAAAUGGGCAAAACGAUGCAACACAAACUAUUGAUGUCUCAACAAGCCCAGCCAGUCUGACUGCUCUUACACCACCAAAUGUUUCCCCAGUUCUUAAAUAGCAAAUUGUGAUUUAAGUUGACCCAUCUUUCAGUGGUACUCUUGACAUUGAUGAAUUAACAGUGACUCUUGUCAACACUGAUCCUACCAAUGCUCUUUCAAAGCAAAUUAACGUCGUAGCUGUUGAUGAUGUAGCCAAAACUAUCACAGUAAAGUAUGGAGGUAUCUACAGUGGUACCUAUAAAGUCAACGUUUUUUCUGAGACCUAUGGUAUGCUCGAAAACUCAGCUAUUCAACUUAAAGCAGUUGGAGAGGUCUUAAACUUCUCCCCAACCUCAGGUUCUAUUUAUGGAGGUACCUUAAUUACAAUUACUGGAAGAGUAUUCUCAACUGAUGCACUAGACAAUCCAGUUAAAAUUGGAACAACUGAUUGCCUUGUUUAAUCAUCGACAGCAAAUUAAAUAAUUUGCAGAACUCAACCAAGAGUUUCUAUUGAGGCUACAGAACCAUUAAUCGCCUUCCUUAAGACUUCUGAAGAAGCAGUCUGCAGUACUGGCAGCGACUGCACCUUCACCUGGUUAAAUGAUGAAUCAUCUUCAUUGCCUGUGCUAACUACAUUUAGCUCUAGUUCAGUGUCCUUUAAUACUGACAUUAACUAAUAUCAAAUUACUCUGGAAGGAACUGGAUUCCCAACUGUCAUUUCAGACGUUACAUUUAAAAUUGAUGGUCUUGCUUAAACUAUUGCUUCAGCUUCAGAAACACAGAUUGUUGUUACUAUUACUAAUAUGCUCUCUGCAAGUUCAAAUAACAUUGAGUUCUACCUUCCAUCAGGAACCCCCAGAGGUGCUGAUCUUUUAAGCAGUGUUGGAAUAACCUUGACACCAGUCAUUGUUUCUGUAUCACCAAGUACUGGAUCACCUGGAGGUUCAUUAUUGACAGCUGUUGUUAGGGGUCUUGGAAUCUCAUCGUCAACAGUAACUUUGUUCUCAGCAGGCACAGAUAUUUGUCUAUCCGCUAGCAUUACAGAGUACGGAGUCUUAAAAUGCGAGACAAAGGCACUUACCAUUGCAUCUGCUACUCUAUAAUUAAAGGUUAAGACUUUUACAUAUACUUGUGCUGCUCCAGCUGAAUGUGCCUAUCAAACAAGCACUUCAAUGCCAUCAAUUUCAUCUGUUUCUCUUGCUUCAGCUUCUACUCAAUUAGUAAUUACAGGUGCUAAUUUCUUUACUUCAGGAUAUACUGCAGCUGUUAAGUUCCAAGGUAUGACUGCAGAUUCAGCUACUAUUGAUUCAGACACACAAGUCACUGCAACUUGGACAAAUGGUGUACCUCUUGCUGCUACUGCAGUUGCUCCAUCACUAGUCUUCUCAAGUACUUCUUCAGCCUCAAUCAAGCAUACAGCAUCAACCACUUCAUCUACAACCAUUUAAAACGCCUUCGCUCAGACCACAAUUCAAUCAAAUGUUGAUUGUUCUUUUGCAGGUGGUUGUCUACUUUCAAUCAGUGCUCCAGGUCUUGCCUCAACACUCUCCUAAACUAAUAACUCUGUAAGAGUAUGUGAUUAGCCUUGCGUACUGGAUGCUGAUGAAUCUUCAAGCACUACCACGAAAUGCAGAGUUCCAAAGCUAUCAACUUCUUACUCUGUUACAAACUUCAAAAUUGAAGAGGAAAGCUAUGUAAUGGGAACUGUCUUCGCUUCAAAUUCAUCUGGAAAAGCCCCACUUACUGAUGAUGCUAACUAAACCCCCUAUAUCGACACAUCUUCCGCAUGCUACUUCGGUGCAUCAUUUGCAAAUGGUCACAUUGGCCAACUCUCUGAAGUUAAAUACUUCAUGCCUGUCUUUGUAAAGACCAACUAUGUAGAUAAAUUAAAGUUCCAAGGAUCAAAUGAUGGUGAAACAUAUACUGACAUCUUCACUGUUGGACAGGAAAUUCACGAAGGAUGGAACUAUUACAGCUAUAAGGAUAACAAUCUUAAGUAUAGAUACUACAAAUUCCAAGGUAAUGGUGUUGGCUCAUGCAGAGUUGGUGAAUUCAAAUUCAGAGGAGUUUAAACUAUUGAUAAUAGCGAUUCAAGCUAUAACUGUCCAGUAACUGUAAAUCUAUCAGGUCAAACUGCUACUACACUUACAGGAUCAGUUACAUACUCUGCUACCAAGACUCCAAAACUCACAGCCAUAACACCAAGAUAUGGUAAAGUUCAAGGAGGAGAGACUAUCACUUUCACUGGACAGUCCUUCUCAACUGUGAUAUCAGAUUACUCAAUCAAUAUUGAUAACAUUCCAUGUGCUGUCCAAACCGCUACAGCUACACAAGUCACUUGUCUCACUGGAAGCAGACCAGGCCUUUUCCCUACUCCAACUCUUGAAUUUAUUAUUGAAGGAUCAGGUAAUGUCGCUGCUCAAGGAAAAGUUUUUAGAUACGUUAAUUACUGGUCACUUAUUGACACAUGGGGUGGAGAAUUCUUGCCAAUUGAAGGUGAGUCUGUUUAUGUCCCAGCAGGACUCCAUCUCCUUGUAGAUGUUGACUCAACUCCAAUCUUGAACGCGCUUGUUGUUGAAGGCUCUCUUAUUUUCCCACCUAAUGCUAAUCCAGAUCAUCAUAGAACUUUUGAUGCUCACUAUAUUAUGCUAUAAGGAGGCUAUAUGGAAGUAGGAACCGAAGAAUUCCCUUAUACAUCAAAACUCACAAUCACCAUGCAUUCAGAUAAAGAAUCACCAGAACUUCCAAUCUAUGGUAACAAGUGUAUUGCUGUUAGAAAUGGUAUUCUUGACUUCCACGGAGUCCCAAGAACUCCAACCUGGACUAUGCUAAACUCUAUUGCUGAAAUUGGUGCAUCCACUAUAACUUUGAUCUAAGCUGUUGACUGGAAAGCUGGUGAAUAAAUAGUUAUAGCUCCAUCUGGCUAUGACAACAGAGAGGCUGAAGUUAGAACUAUCGUAUCAGUCAACAGAGCAAAUGUUGACAAACCAAUAAUUACUCUUGACAAACCACUUGAUUACAAGCAUUAUUCAAAUAUUGAGUACUACGAUGAUAAUUUCAUUGAGAUGAGAGCUGAGGUUGGUCUUAUUACCAGAAAUGUCGUAUAUAGAGGAGACCCAGAAACUUCAUCAAAGAAUCAGUUCGGUGCUCAUAUUAUGCUUCACUCAGCAGGAGACGAAUCAUUAAUUGGAAGAAUUGAAUAUAUUGAAUUGACAGACGUUGGACAAGCCUUCUAACUUGGAAGAUAUCCACUUCAUUUCCAUUUGAUCGGAACUGUUCACAACUCCUAUAUUAGAGGAAACUCAAUCCAUCAUACCUACAACAGAGCAGUUACAAUUCACGCUGUUCAUUAUCUAAGAGUCAUUAAUAAUGUUGCUUAUCAUACUAUGGGUCAUACUUUCUUUAUUGAAGAUGCAGUUGAAACUAAGAACUUGAUAUAAGGAAAUCUGGCAGUUUAAACAAUGGCUUCUAUGUCAUUAUUGAUUACUGAUCAGACCCCUGCCAGUUUCUGGAUCACUCACCCAGACAAUAUCUUCAAAGACAACCAUGCAGCUGGUUCAGACAGGUAUGGAUAUUGGUUUGACACUAAGCCUAACCCAAUGGGACCAUCAUUCACCCCAGAUAUCUGCCCUGAAAAUGCUCAACUUGGAGAAUUCAGCAAUAAUGUUGCUCAUUCAAAUGGCAAAUAUGGAUUGAGAAUAUUCCAUAAACUUAUUCCAAGACAAAAUCCAUGCAAACCACUUAUCUAUAAUGCAUCAAACACUGCAGAUCCAUAUCAUCUAAACCCUCUAGUCACUGCCUAUUUCUAUAACUUUACGAGUUGGAAAAAUAACAGAAAUGGAGCCAUCGCUGAGCAAGUAGGUGAUGUCAGAUUUGUGAACUUUAAAGUAGCUGAUAACUUAGUCGGAGGUAUUGAGUUCUCUUUAACUGGUGAUGUUGCAGAUGGCUAUGCUCAAAUCAUUGAUGCCCUUGUCAUUGGUCACUCUUAAAAUGCUGAAAAUAUCACUAUGCAUUCAUUCUUCCAUGGUAUUAUUACACCAAGAACAGAGAAUUUCACAGUCAAUGGAGCCAAGUUCUACAACUUUGAUCAACCAGGCCACGCCUGUUUCGGAUCUUGCUCUCAUUGUUUCCAUCCAGCAUCUACAGAUUCGGGAGCAAGAACUGUUACAUUUAAGAGAAUCCACUAUGAUACUCCAACUAUCCUAACAAAAAUUAGAUAUCAAUCACCUUUCAGAGACAUUUUCUAUGAUACUGAUGGUACUUUAACUGGAAAAGGAGUUAAUAGUUGGGCAACUCCUUAUUGGGCACAUAACGUUUAACCAGAGUGUGAAGUAUAAAAUGCCACUUUUGAUGGUAUCAUUUGUGACAAUAGAGUACAAAUCAGAAGACUAGCCCAUUAUAAUUUUGCUCCUGGUAUUUUUGAAAACAUGGAAUUCAAGUUAAUGAGAUUUGAUGAUGAACUUUACACAAACAAGACUGACUUUAUCGAUACUAGAGAUAAAAUUACAGACUAUAGUAUCGCUCCAUACAAGCCUAAGCUUGAUCCUACUAAAGGAUGGGCUAUGCCUUAUGUUACUGGACACAAAUACAAGGUCCAUUGGAGGUAUGGUCUUGAUUUCACUUAAAUGCAAGUAGAUCAGUCAAACAGAUGGUAACCCACAGACAAAAAUGUAUACCUUGUUUAUAACUUUACUGAUGUAAGAGCUAAAGUAGACUUCAUCUCCUUGAAUACUAAGAGUGAGAUAAUUGAAAAUACAACUUUGACUACUAAGGCACAAGCCUCUUGGGAAACUGGUGAUAAUGUGGUUUAUAAUGAUACUGCCGUCAGAGAAAUUCAUGUAGUGUAUAAUGGAAGAAAUUCCACCAAGUCCAAGAUUUUGAUGAAGGGCUACAGAUGUAUUGGCUCUUGCCUUUCAGCAAUUGAGGAAGUUGCAACUGAAAGUAACUUUAGAAGAUGGAGCGUUCCUGCUUCAUGGCCAAGUGGUAAAGUUCCAACUGCUGGAGAGUCUGUUGUUAUUGAAGCAGGAUGGAAUAUGCUCUAUGAUGUUGAAAAUGCUACUGGACCAAUUCUUAAUAUGCUAUAGAUCAAUGGCAAAUUGACAUUCGAUAAUGAAAAUGAUGUAGGAAAGAAUCUCUACUUGUAUGCUAAGUACAUAUUUGUAAGAGCUGGUGCUUUAGUAAUUGGAAACGAGACAAGACCAUUCAGAGGAUAAGCUACAAUUGUGCUUCAUGGUGAAAAAGCAAAUGAAUAAAUUGUGUAUGAUGAGGCUAUCGAAGCAGGAAACAAGAUUCUUGCAAACACUGGAAACAUUUCAAUAUAUGGUUUACCAAGAAAAAGGAUGACAAGACUUCUAGUUACAGCCUAAGCUGGAGCAAAGACAUUGACAGUAGAAGCAGGGCUAGGAUGGCAAGCAAAUGAAAGAAUCGUUCUGCCUCCAACAACUCUUAGAUUUAAUGACUCAGACUACGCCAUUAUCGAUUCUUAUGAUAACGCGACUGGUGCAUUAGUACUUAAAGCAGGGCUGAAAGCUUAUCAUUAUGGUGCUUCAACUUCAACUGGACCAAGCUACAAUGGAAUCGAUAUGAGAGGGGAAGUUCAUCUUUUAUCAAGAAAUGUUAAGAUUUAAGGAUAUGAUUCAGAAGCCUGGGGAUGCCAAGUAGUUACUAGUGAUUUCGUAGAGAUCACUGCUGUGGUUAGAAAAGGUCACACCUUUAUGGAUCAUGUUGAAAUAUAUAAUUGCUCAUAAUAUGACACCUACAAAGCAGCAAUUAGAUUCUAAGGCAAUGGAAACUCUUGGAGUGAGGUAUCCAACUCAGCAAUUUAUGGAGGAUGGGGUUAUGGAGCUUAAUUAGAAAAUGCCGCCAAUGUCAAGUUGACAAACAAUACCUUCUUUAGUUUUGUAAAGAGAGGCAUUAAUAUCGCUUCAAGUAAGAACAUUACCCUUGAUGGAAAUCAUGUUAUACACAUCACAGAGAGAACUUUCCUAGUUUUAGAUAUGGUCUUUGAGCCAACAGGUGCUAUCCUUGAGUGUACUGAGCCUGGUGAUUCAUGCUUUGAUAUAAGCAUUGUGAAUAACGUCGUAUCAGGAGCUGUAUUCACUGGAUUUGCAGCUUAUGCUCAUGCUUGUGAUGAUACUAAUCAAAGAGUAUUCAGGGACAAUAUAGCUCAUUCGAUUAGAGAUACUGGUGCAAUAAUUUUCUCUAACCUAUCAGAUUCUACUCAAAAAUCUUGCAUGGAAGCAUCAAGAUUUGCUGCCUACAAAUGUGGUCUUGAUGGAGCUGUAUCCUUCCAUGAUGGAGCCUCAAGUAAGGUUGUAUUCUCAAAGAUGACUUUCAUUGAUAAUGGCUUUGGAGGAACACCAAUGGUCGCAACUGAAGGAGAUAACCUUGAAGCUUAAGUUAAAGACUCAUUCUUCUACGGAGAAACUGAUGCUUAAGAUUGUUGGUUUGAAAAUGAAUGUAAAGUCAGAUAUCAUGAAGGAUGCUAGGAUAAAUCUGCUCUUUAAAUGGCAUAUUUCGCUAAGGCUGGCAAAGAUCCAUUACCUAAGGCAACUUCAAAGAUCCCUGUUCAUAAAAUAAAAGCAGAUGCUUCCUAUGGUGGAAAGACAACUUACACUAACUUGUAGUUCUUCAACUACAAGUCAUAAAAGACUUACUGUGGAAAGCAAUAGGUACUCUUUAAACUCAAUCAUUAUGCAGCUGAUUACAUUCCAAGAGCCAAAUUUAUAAAGCCCAGAUUUGAGAAUAUUCAUCAAGACGCUAUGGCUUAUCUUUUCACUCCUCCUGAUGUCUGGGCUAACCUUGAUGAUUGUGGAGAUUUCCCUUGUACUGCACCUAACAACGCACUAUUAUAAUUUGAGAGCUCUACAUAUGCUGGAACUCUUAAACCAACUAAUACAGACAAAAAUUUCCAAAUAUUGCCAGGAAACAAGCCAACUGUUUAAGGCUACAGCACAUGUAAGAGUCAAGAUGCUUGGAAUGGAUACUACUGCACAAAUGACAACCUAGGAGUUCUGCUUUUCGAAAACAUUGAUGAUGAUAAAAUGAAGAGAAUGAUCAGUCCCAUCUAUAUUGUCAACAAUGUCACAAACUCUAAAAAUACAUUAAAUACGUUUUAGGAUCACAUUUGGGAUGGUUUCUACACAGGUCAAUUGAGAUUGGCUAGAUGGCCCACUACUAUUGAGACAGGAUAAAUUGGUGGUGUAUUCAGAACUUAUGACAUUAGAUAUUCAGGAACUCCCCCAUCCAAUCAAAGAUUCAGUCUCUAUGCUGAUGAGUCAGCAGUCAUUCUUAGAAUUGACUAUACAAAGCCAGGUGCUUACAUAAUCACUGAUUUCAAAGGUAAAACCAUUGAAGCAAACAAAUGGAAUGAUAACCUAAAGCAGCUUGAUCCAAUUAGGGGACAAAAAUGUGGUGAAAAUAGAUACUUGGGCGUUUCUAAUAUCCUUGAGUUCUUCAUGACUGCUGGAUGUUCUUUAAUGAUUAAACCUAUAGAUUCUAUCAAGACCAAUAUCAGACUCGACUGGACUUUAGAUGCUUUCUACUCAGCUGGUGGUACCACUAAAUUUGUUGAUAGAGUUGCUGCCUCCCUCGGUAUCCAUGCUUCAUCUAUCAAAGUUGUUGCAGUAUAUAAAGGUUCAGUUAUUGUUGAUUUUAUAGUCGUUCCUACAGAUUCAAAAACAACAGCUACUUCAAUCUAAACCAGCAUUCAAAACACUAUUAAGGCUGAUCCAUCUGCCUUUGGUGCACCUGUUUUAGAUGCAUCUGCUGGUGGAACUCCUAUUAUUUCAAAUGGAUAGAUUGCUUCUGCGAAUAGUAAUAGUAAUACUAACACUAAUACAAAUACUAACACUAACACUAAUGGAGGUACUAUCACUGGAGGUAAUGAAGGAUCAACUACUCCAGUAAUUGACACUAAAAAUCCAAACAUCAUUGUAUAGUCAGGUGGCUCAUCUGGAAAUGAUGAUUAAUUAAAACUGAUAGUUAUUCUAGUAGUCAUUGUCGUUGUGAUUAUAGCUGGAAGUAUUGCAGGCUACUUCUUAUAUCAGAAACAUUAAAAUGCUAAGCAUAUUAAAGAUCUAACUAAGGUGAAUCCUAACUCAGGAUAUAAAGGAGCAUAGUAAUUAUAAAACAGUGUCAAUGAUCCAACUGUUAUUGGAGAUCCUGAUAUUUAUGAGCCUCAAUAUCACCCUAAAUCUACUAAUAUCUUUAGAGGUCAAAUCGAGAAGAUUAAUGAAGCAGAUGAAGUUAACAAUGAAACUCAAAACUAAGAGGAGCAUGAAGAGGAAAAUGGAGUUAACACUGAUCACAGUCACAUUAUAAAUAGAGGAAAAAACUAUGACUAAUCACCUCUAUCGCAGUCUAGACCCUCAAUUGAUAGUGAGUAUUAAUUUUCUAAGAAGAGAUCUUCCCUGAGACUUCAGAAUGAGAAUGACAUCAAGAAAGUCUACCAAAACAUAAACUAGUGA